CCUCCGGAGAUUCCCGAGGUUUCCAAUGCUGGGUGGGGUUGAGACCUCCCAUCCCCCAUCCUACUAAGCAAUCCUCACCCCUCUCGUUCUUAUCUUUCCCCAGUGUCCACCUUCACCCCUGCUCCGUAGGUUUCCUCAGUUCGGUCUUUCAAGAGCCUUCUCCGAUCUCAAGGUAUCUUAGCUCCACAUGCAUCUUAACUUAGGGAAGCUGAAAAUUAGGGGGUUGGCACAGAAAGGCCUACACUCCUGCUGCCCCAACUAAGAAAAUGUGGGUUGUACGAGAAAACAGACAUCUCCCAGUUCUGAGGUCUUCUCCUGCCCAGACCGGGCUGCUCUGCCCCACUGCCAAGCACCUGUGGGGGAGAGACUCCCUGACACCAGGUUUCGGUGCGUCUGCCUCACCCCGUGGGUCAGAGUGGGCAUGGCUGACUCACCAUCACCAUGCAUCAGCUGUAUCCCUCGAUAUGGAUGGUUAUGUUCUUUCGUUUGUAUUUGGUGUCCCUCACGUCUAUAACUGGAUCUGCCCCCUCCCUCUGUGCCAGUGUCUCUGUCACUGCAUGAGGAUGGCCAUUCGAUUCUCUCUUCUGCUUCUCCAUAGUCCUUCCCCAUCCCUUCUCCUCCUCCUCUUCCUCCUAGGCCGGGGGGUAGAGGCUGAAACCACUGAGGAUCCUGAGCUGCUGGUGACAGUAAAGGAAGGCAAGCUUCGUGGGAUUCACCUCAAUGCCCCAGGGGGCCCUGUUUCUGCCUUCUUGGGCAUCCCUUUUGCUGAGCCCCCAGUGGAAUCUAGGCGCUUUUUGCCUCCAGAACCCAAACGGGCAUGGAAUGGGGUCUUGGAUGCCACAUCCUACCAGCGUGUCUGCUUCCAGUAUGUGGACAACCUGUAUCCAGGUUUCCAAGGGUCUGAGAUGUGGAACCCUAACCGGGCACUAAGUGAGGACUGCCUAUAUCUUAAUGUGUGGACACCCUCCCCCCGUCCAGUGGUUCCUGCACCAGUCCUGGUCUGGAUCUAUGGGGGUGGCUUUUACAGUGGGGCCUCCUCCCUUGAUGUUUAUGAUGGACGAUUCCUGGCUAGGGUUGAGGGCACUGUACUUGUUUCUAUGAACUACCGAGUAGGUGCCUUUGGCUUCCUGGCACUACCAGGGAGUCGGGAGGCACCAGGCAAUGUGGGGCUGCUGGAUCAGCGACUGGCAAUGCAGUGGGUGCAGGACAAUGUGGCAGCCUUCGGAGGGGACCCAAAAUCAGUGACACUAUUUGGGGAAAGUGCUGGAGCUGCUUCUGUAGGCAUGCAUCUUCUAUCACCUCCAAGCCGUGGGCUAUUCCAUAGGGCAGUGUUGCAAAGUGGGGCUCCCAAUGGACCUUGGGCCACAGUGGAAGCAGAUGAGGCUCGUAGACGAGCUACUCAUCUGGCCAGGUUAGUGGGUUGUCCUACUGGCACUAAUGACACUGAGCUGGUGGUCUGCCUGAGGAAACGUCCAGCCCAGGAUCUUGUAGACAAGGAAUGGCUGGUGCUGCCUCAACAGAGUGUCUUCCGAUUCUCCUUUGUUCCUGUUGUGGAUGGAGACUUCCUCAGUGAUACUCCUGAGGCCCUCAUCAAUGCUGGAGAUUUUCAUGGCCUUCAGGUGCUGGUAGGUGUAGUACAGGAUGAGGGCUCCUAUUUCCUGGUCUAUGGGGCCCCUGGCUUCAGCAAGGAUAAUGAGUCUCUGAUCAAUAGGGCCCAGUUCCUGGCUGGAGUGCAGGUUGGGGUCCCUCAAGCGAGUGAGUUGGCAGCAGAGGCUGUUGUUCUGCACUACACGGACUGGCUACACCCUGAUGACCCUGCACGACUUCGUGAGGCUUUGGGUGAUGUUGUGGGUGACCACAAUGUGGUAUGUCCUGUGGCCCAGCUAGCAGGAGGACUUGCUGCACAAGGUGCCCGUGUUUAUGCCUAUGUCUUUGACCAUCGAGCCUCUACGUUGUCUUGGCCCCUCUGGAUGGGUGUCCCCCAUGGCUAUGAGAUUGAAUUUGUCUUUGGCCUUCCCCUUGAACCAACACUCAACUACACUGGCCCUGAAAGAAUCCUUGCUCGGAGACUGAUGAGAUACUGGGCCAACUUUGCCCGUACAGGUGAUCCAAACGAGCCCCGGGAACGUGAAGCCCCUCGCUGGCCUACCUACACAGCUGGGGAUCAGCAGUACGUAAGCCUCAACCUGCGGCCACUGGAAAUACAGCGAGGGCUCCGGGCACAGGCCUGCGCCUUCUGGAACCGAUUCCUGCCAAAGUUGCUCAGCGCUACCGAUAGCCUGGAUGAGGCGGAACGCCAGUGGAAGGCGGAGUUCCACCGCUGGAGCUCCUACAUGGUGCACUGGAAGAACCAGUUCGACCAUUACAGCAAACAGGAGCGUUGCUCUGACCUAUGAAGGAGAACGGGACCCUUGGAUCCUCCCUCGCCACUUCAGGAAGCCGGCCUCCACUCUCUCCCCCCAGUUGUAUAUACUAUUUAUUUCUGGGCUGGGGCAAUCACAGGCAAAGCCGCGGGGCUGGCCCCACCCACUAGGGCUCUACGCCCCCUGCAUGUCCGGGGCCGAGUCCCCUCCCCCCGCGGUGCCUUCGCCCCUCUGGGCCGCCAAUAAAUUUAGUCACUAGA